CUGAUAAAGCUCGCUGGUUCCUCAUACCGCUGAUUUCCCAUUUCUCUAUCAGACCUAAACAACUACAACUUCCUAGCUCUAAAGCUAUAUGACCAUUAUGGCACCACAGCUCAACCACUCCUCAUCCAUUAUCAUCGUCGGCGCAGGAACCUGGGGCUGCUCAACAGCUCUGCAUCUCGCCCGUCGGGGAUAUAAAAAUGUCAUUGUCUUGGAUCCUCAUCCCGUGCCGUCACCCAUUGCGGCCGGGAAUGAUAUUAACAAGAUCAUGGAGCAUCGUGAAUUGAAGGACCCCAACUCCGACCCAAUCAGCGUGGCAUUCGCAACGUGUACCAGAGCAGCAUUAAACGGGUGGAAAACAGAUCCCAUCUUCCAGCCCUACUUCCACGAGACAGGCGCUAUUGUGUCUGGCCAUACACCCGAAUUGAUUAAACACAUCCAAGAAGACGAGAUCGACCCGACCAAGUCCGAGCAUCUGGUGAAGUUGGAAACGGCAGAGGACUUCCGAAAGACUAUGCCCCCGGGUAUAUUAACAGGAAACUUCCCGGGGUGGAAAGGCUGGUUCAAUAAGACCGGUGCGGGAUGGAUCCAUGCCCGGAAGGCUAUGGUCUCUGCUUUUACUGAAGCGAGGCGGUUGGGCGUCAACUUUGUGACUGGCUCACCACAGGGAAAUGUAAUCUCGCUAGUCUACGAAAACGGAGAUGUUAUCGGAGCCAAAACAGAAGAUGGGAUUGUCCAUCGUGCCGAACAUACCAUUCUUGCUGCCGGUGCAAGCAGCGACCGUCUCCUAGACUUCAAGAACCAACUACGUCCAACAGCAUGGACACUAUGCCACAUCCGCAUGAUCCCCGAAGAAGCGCAACGAUACCGCAACCUCCCCGUGCUCUUCAACAUCGCCAAAGGCUUCUUCAUGGAACCUGAUGAAGACAAGCACGAGCUUAAGAUCUGUGAUGAGCACCCCGGCUACUGCAACUUUGUACCUGAUCCACAGCACUCCGGUGAAACACGCAGUAUUCCAUUUGCGAAGCACCAGAUCCCGCUUGAGGCUGAGGCGCGAGCUAGGGAUUUUCUAAGUGAUACGAUGCCGCACCUGGCGGGUAGGCCAUUGGCUUUUGCGAGGAUUUGCUGGGAUGCUGAUACGGUGGAUCGGGCGUUCUUGAUUGAUAGGCAUCCGGAGCAUUCGUCUUUGUUGCUGGCUGUUGGGGGGUCGGGGAAUGGGGCGAUGCAGAUACCUACGAUUGGGGGAUUUAUUGCAGAUGCAUUGGAGGGGAGUCUGCAGGAGGAGUUGAAACGCAUUGUGCGGUGGCGACCGGAGAUAGCUGUCCAUCGGGACUGGAGAUCUACUCAGAAUCGGUAUGGGGGGCCUUUUAAGGUUAUGGACUUUCAGGAAGUGGGUGAAAAUGAGUGGACAAAAAUUGUUGAAAGCGCGAAAAGUCGACUAUAA